GGCGCGGCGGCGCGGCGGCGCGGCGAUGACGCGAGCACGGCCAGUUCUAAAUCACAACAGAAUCACAAUUACACGCUUUAAACCCUGCCGCUUCUGCAGAUAUUUAAUACGCAGUACUUGGCAGCUUAUUUAUUAAUUGAACUUGAGAUCGUAAACAGUCGCAAGCCGGCUGCCGGCGCGAGCGUAUAUCCUCGCGAAUCUCUACCGCCGAGUUCGAACCAUGCUUUAAGUGACUAUGGAUCCCACGGUUUAUUUACUCGUUCUCGGGGUUUCAAUAGCCUCAGCGAGACAUACUUUGAAUGCGAACAGAUAUUUAGUGCCAACACAAAGUGACCCUAAUCAUAGUUUUAAAGACCAGUAUAGUGCACAAGACGUGGAAAGGCGUGACAUUGACUAUGCAAGUAACGUUAAUACUAACCGGAAGGCGUACAGUGGUGACGCUUAUAGGAAUCAACGCCAACAUAAUGUCGAGCAUUCUUAUGUUACUGAAAGUGACCACGUAGCACUCAUAAGUGAAAAAGUAGACUCUUCUAACAAUAUCGGGAAUGAUGCGAAUGAAUUUAAGCUAAGAACCAACGCGUAUCCUACUAAAAGGCUAGAAAAUACUGAAUUUACUACUGAAUCUGUUGACGAACGAAGGCAAAGGGGGUAUACUCACACGGAACAACAAAAUGUGCAAGGUCGUUACGACGAGGGAGAAUUUGGUACAAGAGAAAACUCCAAAAUACAGGAUAACCACCAGAGAAGUAUACUUAACCCUCGCGCCAACCAUCAGCGAUCUCUUAAUAUGGAUCGUGAAAUGAGAUUCAUUCCUCAUCAAACACAAGCCAAUGAAAACAGCGAAGUAUCAUCAUCUAUCACUAACAUUAGAAAUGACAAUGACAAAACGAAUCAAGGAAGUACAACACAAAGAGGAGCUCCAGUUGAAAAUAAAAACUGGGUACCGGAAACUGUAACUGUAAACGUAAGGCCUAUUGAACACUCCAGUACAAACAAAAUUCCGACUGGUUCAAGAGGUGUCGAUGGAAGAGUUCCUAAAGAGAAAGACGAAGAAGAGGUCCCAUGGGUGUGGGGAACCGAACCGGCAACACGAGCGAGCACCACAGACGUGAACGACCUGGACGAUAGAGCAGCCUUCGAGGGCUCUAAGUGCCCCACGGGAUACGUGAGAGUGAAUGGAAUCUGUGUGGAGAAGGAAUGAAGCUUUAUAACUACACCAAAUGUAUUUUAAGAAAUAUAGAGCUGAUGUAGGAAAAAAGAUUUUGACAAUGAUUUACGAUCAAUGGAAGUAAAUUAAAUCAGCAGUCAGUACCACUGACAUGUAUAUUUAGUAAACUGCAAAGAGCAAUCAAUAAUAAUAAAUAAUUAAUUAAAGUUAGUAUAUUUUAAUAAUUACUAGCUGAUGCCCGCGACUACGACCGUUCCCGUAGAUAUAGGUUUUAAAGCUUAUACGUAUAUGUUGAUCCA